UUUUGAUCUUGUGAAUAUGUGUCAAUAUGUAGAUGAUUGGCUGUUCAAUUUUGUAAUAAUCAUGAAAAGGUUGAAUGAAUCCAAUCGGACUUAUGGUCCUUUCUCUCAAUUUUUCAAAAACUAAAAACUAGAAGGCAUGAUUGAUUGACUGAAGUAACAUUAUUAGGUCUGACCGUAUGCAGUAGUAUGUUAUGUUGAAGUUGAGCAUUGAGAAUCGGACAUCCAUCUUAAUCGCUUCUUAAUUUAGACGAGCGACUGAAGGCAGAAUAUGCGAGGCACAUAUAUUACUAGACCACAAACAAGUUUGACAUUGGACGCCCUAGGCAUUACACCUGUCAAAACUCGUAUAGACAUGGCGUAGAGAAUGGAUCUUGCCCUUCUCUCUCUCCCUCUCUCUCCGUAUAUUAUUUAUAUGCAGUGGAAUUUAAAUAGUUAAUUAGAAUAAGAUAUACAUACUCGCUUCUAUCUGAAUCUAGUUACCUGCGGUGCAAGUAUUGAAGUAGAUAGAGACAUAGUCCGCUGUGGGAGAAUGCAGGCUAUCAAGGAAAAACUACACGAUCUGAACACUAUGCGCAAGGCUAAAGCUGAAGCGAAGGCGGAGGAAAAGGCCCACAAAGAAUUGGCAAAAGCAAGGGUGGACAUUGCUCGUGAGGUUCGAUUGGCGAGAGAGGCUGAAGCAGAAAUGGAACUUCAUGUUGCAAAGGCUGGGGAAAUGGCAGAGAAGGAAAUUGCCAAACAUGUAUCUGAGGAUCACAAAGCCACUGCUCACAACGCUCUCCCCGGCGCAACUGCUGCUUCUCCCGCUACGGCAGGGACUACCGCCACCCGAUCCUUUCCCUGCUAGUGCCGCUGCUGCCAAAUAUAAUAACAAUGCAUUACUGCCUUUGAAUUAUUACAAUCGCAUGCAUAAGUUCUGGAUUACUUAUGUCUGCAUUUAAACCCUCUUAGGCAUUUAAUUUCUCUCAUCUCUUCCUAUGUAUAUUGUUUUUAUAUGUACUUUAAUAUAUAUAUAUAGUAAAAUCUCUUUAUAGUCACACUUGAAACCAAAUAAAAUUUAUGACUAUGAGAAAGUUAUAAAUUA